GGAAACUUGAAAUCUUUCUCCAACUUGAAGGACUCCAGCUUUGGUGGCGGCUAUUUCGGUGAAUCCGUUUACCAAACCCAACAGAAAAAAGGGAAAAACCAAAGAAGAAGGCUCGGAUUUAGUCCGAGUAAGUUGCAGUUUGCACCACAUAGAGUGAAGAUCUAGUGUUGGCGGUGGAGGUUGGUGGACCCAGUCAUGACUGCUGAUGGGAAUAAUCAGUUGAUUUCUGUUCAACCCAAUGACCUCAAGUUCGUUUUUGAGCUUGAAAAGCCAAGCUUUUGUGAUCUUAAAGUGGUGAACAACACAGAACACCAUGUGGCAUUUAAGGUUAAAACGACUUCACCUAAGAAGUAUUUUGUGCGACCAAAUACCGGUGUUGUACAGCCUCUGGAUUCAUCUGUCAUUAGAGUCACUCUCCAAGCUCAACGGGAAUAUCCUCCAGAUAUGCAAUGCAAAGACAAAUUUCUUCUACAAAGUACCGUAGUCCCUUCAAAUACUGAUGUGGAUGAUCUCCCGGCUGAUACUUUUAAUAAGGAUGGCACUAGGGAGAUACAGGAGUGCAAGCUUAAAGUUUUCUAUGUAACUCCUUCCACUCGAGGAAAUUCAGAUGAUGAAGGGUUUAAAAGCUAUCCAGAAAAAGGCACUGAUUCAAACUCCGUGAGUCUAAAUGUGCAGCACCUGAAGGAUGAAAGAGAUGCAGCCGUUCGGCAAACACUGCAGCUGCAACAGGAACUGGAUUUUCUGAAGAGACGACGACAACGUAGGAAUGACUCCGGCUUCCCCUUAAUAUAUGCAUUUGUUGUGGGACUGAUAGGGAUAUUAUGUGGGUUUGUGUUGAAUCUUUCAUUGUCAUCAUAACCAUUAUCACCCCCACCACCAUCUCUAGGUUCAUCUACACCAUUUCCACCCCCAGUGCCACCAUAUGUAGAUUCAUUUACACCAUUUCCGCCACCAGCAUCCACAUCUGUAGAUUCGUCUACAGAAGAAAGAUAGAUGCCCCUUUAUAAAGUAUGGUAACCAGUAAUUUUGUCUACUUGGUUGUACAAUGCUGAAUGUUACUGUUGGAUGGAGAGUGCAAAUUUCCUUUAAUUUUAUGUAUUUUUUCUUAAAUCUUUACCGUAUUAGUGCUUUUUCCGAAGGUA